CAAAUCUUCUACGGAAGGCGGGAGGGACAAAAAACACUGUUUACCAGGAGUUUGUGCUACGCGUAAGGACCGAGAAGUGAAGUUAGCGUAUGCUAAUUGUCGACCCGGCAGUGACUAGCUAAUUGUCUGGCUAGCUACUGUACUAAGGUCACCCGGACUUUGAUCACAAUGGGGGUGAAAGACCGCCCUCAGUGUUACUUUGAUGUGGAGCUCAACCGGGAGCCAGUUGGGCGAAUAGUCUUUCAACUUUUUUCAGAUGUUUGUCCCAAGACAAGCAAAAACUUCCUCUGUUUGUGCACUGGUGAAAAGGGAACUGGCAAAGUCACAGGGAAAAAGCUGUGCUACAAAGGCUCCACAUUUCACAGAGUUGUAAAGAACUUUAUGGUCCAGGGUGGCGACUUCACCGAAGGAAAUGGAAGAGGAGGAGAGUCCAUAUAUGGUGGCUACUUUGAAGAUGAGAACUUCACUCUCAAACACGACAGAGCCUUCCUGCUGUCGAUGGCCAAUCGUGGGAAGGACACCAACGGUUCACAGUUUUUCAUCACAACCAAGAUGGCGCCUCAUCUCGAUGGAGUCCAUGUCGUCUUCGGUGUGGUCAUCUCCGGCUUUGAGGUGAUAAAGAAGAUCGAGGGGUUAAAGACUGAUUCAGCCAGCAGACCUUACGCUGAUGUAAGAGUGAUGGACUGCGGACAACUUAUCACCAAGUCCGCUAAUGAUGUACUUGAAGGCAAGAGGAAAAGAACCUCCCAUUCUGCUGACUCGUCCCUCAAUUCCCAUGACUCAUCCUCUGAGUUCUCCUCAUCAGUGGGAUCUGAAAGUGAAUCAGAUGAAAAGCACAAACAUCGCAGGCACAAGGGACAUUCAAAAAGUAAACGGCCUAAAAAGAAAAGUAGGGAAUCAAAGAAGGAGAACAUUGACGUUCCCCCCAAGCAAAGCUCUCGCAGUCCUGUGGAAAGAGAGGCGCUGGAGGGAGACAAUGAAGUGGAGGGAGAGAAGGAGCAGAGUGGGAAGAGAGAGAAGCCUGUAGUCCGACCGGAGGAAAUUCCACCGGUGCCAGAGAACCGCUUCCUGCUGCGACGGGACAUGCCAUCUCAGGAAGAUAAAACAGUGAUAGUUGAGAAAGAAGAAACAUCUCUGUCAGCUGACCAGAAACCAGCUGUCUCCAAGUCUGGACGAAAGAUCAAAGGCAGAGGAACAAUGAGAUAUCACACCCCCACAAGGUCUAAAUCGCGUUCUGCAUCUGUGGAAGAACGUGGUAGCAGUGAAACUCCACCACACUGGAAAGAAGAAAUGAAGAGAACUAAAGUUUAUCAACCACCGAGCAUCGAGAGAUGGAGCAAAGGAGACAAAUUGAAUGACCAUUCCUCAAGCAGAUGGGACGACAGAAGUGACUCUGCAUGGUCCCGGUCGGCAGAACAUUCCUCAGACCGCAGCUCUGAGAGGUCCAGUGUGCACCGCCAACAGAAGAAGGAGAAGAAAAAAGCCAAACACAAGAAGAAGGCCAAGAAACAGAAACGUAGCAAGAAGAAAAGCUCCAAGAAUAAACCUCAAGAGACUCUCCCGUCAGAGUGUGAAAGAUCAGUGUCUUCAGAAAGAAGGUCUAGAAGAUCCCGCUCUCCAUCCCGCUCCUCUUCAAAUCAGCAUAAUUCGUCAAGUCGGAGAAGACGGCGGUCCUCACUGUCUUUAAGAGACUCACGGUCCUACUCUAGAUCCUACACAUCUAGUCAGUCCAGAUCUAGAGGGAGGUCUAGGUCUUAUUCAAGAUCCAGAAGCCUUUCUAGGUCCAGAAGUCGGUCUUUGUCUAGAUCCAGAUCACAGUCCUAUUCUCGAUCUCGGUCUAGAUCCAGGUCAAGAUCAAGAUCCAGGUACAGAUCUAGGUCUUUGUCUUCAUCCAGAAGGAGGAGCUCUUCCAGAUCUCCGAGAAAGAGGAAAGCCAGUAAGCCUAAAGCAGACACCAGGAUGCCCGAGAAGCUUCCAGAGAGCAAAGUCACACCUGUCUCCAGACUCCCGAAUGUCCCAGCUCCUGAAAGUGUCCCCGUGAUCCCAAUGAGCGACAGUCCCCCACCCUCCCGCUGGAAACCCGGUCAAAAGCCCUGGAAGCCCUCUUACAUCCAAAUUCAGGAGAUUAAAGCUAAAGUAGCCUCCAACUCCUCAACUGGACAAACGGUUGCUGCUGUUACAGAAAAAAGUCAGCCUUCCAUUACGCCAAAGUGUCUGUCCGCUGACUCUGAAAGCCACAAACCUGCAGGGCGGUCACGCAGCAGGUCCUCCAGGAGCAAAUCCUACAGCCGCUCAUACAGUCGCUCACGGAGCAGAAGUUAUAGUAGGUCCAGGUCCAGAUCGCCUCGUCAGUAUAACAGCAGGUCAUCAUCCUACAGUAGAUCAAACUCUGACAACUCCCAGAAAACACGCAGCACCAAGAAGAAUUCAUUAGACAAGGAAUGGAAAGAGUACUACAGCUCUCUGAAGAGGAUAAAAGAUUUAGAUAAGUACGUUAGUCAAGAUGGUCAGUCAGAAACAGAGAAGAUGGCAGGCUGUGAGCGUAGUCCUGAUAUCAGUGUCUCGAGUAGAGGUGGCUCUUUGGAGAAAAGAAAAGAGAAAGGCAGCUCAAUGCCGGCAGAGAGCUUUAAUAGCAGGUCUGAGUGGGAUAGUGACAGUGAUAAAGUGAGCCAAAACAACAGUCCUGCCCUGUCAAAAAAGCAGAAACAAGCCGUUCAGUCCAGUGAAUUUCCUGACAAGAAGUUGUCUGCAUUUACUGGGUGGAAUUCAGAAAGUGAUUCUGAAAAUAUAACCACCAGGACAAUGGCAAUAUCCGAAAAAGAGGAAGGUGAGGCUAGUUCAGAAUCAGACAAUGAGACUUCCAGAAAGGCGUCGGAGGCAGUGGCUGAACUGGAACAGAAGAUUGCUGCUGUCACUGCCAAUGCUGCUGCUUCUGGUCAGCCAGAGGAAAGUGCUGAGAAGGCUUCAGAGCCCGAGAAGCACAAGAGCAAGAAGAAGGCCAAACGUAAGCAUAAACACAAGAGAAGAAGUGAGAACAAAAGUGGUUCCCAUCACAGUAAGGAGAAAGGAAAGAGAUCGAAGAGGAAACAUCAGAAGCUCAAAGAGACUUUUCACUGGCAGCCUCCUUUGGAGUUUGGAGAGGAGGAAGAUGAGGAUGAAUCAAAACGAGAGAAGCACAGUCCUGGUAGAGUUGUCAAAGAAAAGCCUGGUGGAGGCAGUAUGAAUGAAAAUGUACCGUCUUUAAACAAGAAUCCUGUAAAAGAAAAAGACAGGCCGCAACAGAGAGCAAAAGAAUGUAUCAACAAGAAUCCAAAACAUUCUGAACCCCAGCUUCAGUCAUCUGGCAGGAACGAUGCUAAUGUACCCAGUGUCAAAGAGCAAGAGUCAUUAGAUGAUAUGGACAUUUGUACCCCAGAGCAUGAAGCUGAAAUUGUAGAACCUCCAGUUACAGAGGAUUUUCAUAAUAAAGCCCCUGAAUUAACUCUAAAAUCUACCUCAAAGUCUACAGAUUCGUCAAGUACAGAUCAAGCUUUACCUCAUAGCAAAGAACAGCCUUCUGUUACCUCCACAACAACAGCUGGUGGACUGCAAGAUGAAGCAACCACUGGCAAACCCACUGGCACUGUAAUUAAUUUCAAAUGGAGGCCUUUGAAAGGAAUGUCAGCUCCACAGAAUGUGAACGUGCCACCUGUUGCCACGAAAAACAUCCAACUUCAAGACAACCAGACGCCCAACACGCAGGGAGUGAGAAUGGAGAUAAAAAGCAAAAGCCGGGUCCGACCAGGAUCUCUGUUCGAUGAGGUUCGUAAGACCGCACGGCUCAACCAGAGGCCGAGGAACCAGGAGAGCUCCAGCGAGGAACGAUCCCCCUCUGUGGGGAAUACACAGGGCACUUCACACACACGGUCCCCGAAGAAGUCGCGCUCUGUUUCCAGUCACCGGUCCCACUCUAGAGGCUAUUCCCACUCCUACAGCAGGUCCAGGAGUCGAUCCCGCAGCUCCAGCUACUCUUCCAGGAGCCGCAGCAGGAGUCGGAGGAGACGUGGAAGAGGACGGUCGCGCUCUCGUAGCAGCACAUAUCGAAGUUACAGGAGUCACAGUCGGACGUACAGUAGAAGUAAUUCCAGGAGUCGUUCAUAUACUCGCCGUCGGAGAUCCAGGUCGGACUCCUACGACAGCUAUUCCAGUCGGAGUCGGAGUGUGAGCAGGAGACGAGGGCGCAGGCGAAGUGACAGCUACAGGAGCUCGGACCGCCGAUCCCGGUCGUACCGCUCCUCCAGCCGCAGUUCUUCCAGGCGCAGAAGUCACAGUCGCAGCAGUCGGUACAGCUGAGGCCUCGGGCAGGCUGUUUGGUCCGAGUCUGUUGAGAGGGAACAAAACCACAAAGUCUGGACACUGUGCGCAAACUAUAGCACUAACUGUUAUUAUUACACAUCAGCAACUAAAGCUCCAAGAGGAAAGGUUGUUUCAAUACUGUACCGUGUGACAGUCUUUGAGGAAAUAAAUGUUAUCGACAUAAAUGAACCACUUUACAAGCUCAGACAAAGAAAGCUCUUCUGUUAGAGUCUGUCACAGCUGAGAAAACAGCCUGGAGGCAUAACAACGGUUUCUCUGUGAUAAAUAAUGUGAGAAAUAAGCUGUAUAUAUUUUAUAUGACUGUAUAUUUGUGUAUCCAUUUUCUACUUCUGUUUUUUCUACACUGAAAUGUGUUUGGGAACUUAGCGGGCUUAGGUUGAGGUUAUGCCUUAAAUUCAGUUUUUGGUUUCUCUGCUGGGGAAAAAUAACUUUCAUUUUCGCAGUUUGAAGCUGUAAUUUGUCUGUUCGAUGGGUUUGUUACUGUUUCAUGAAUGUUCAAAGCUGUACUCAGUAACAAGUAUGUCUGAUGUCGAUUUAUUCAAACAGUUAGGACGGUUUACACUUAAUAAACCCUACAGCCUCUUAA